AGUUUCUAAAGAGGAAGAAAGUGCGACAGAUCAUGUGACAGUUCCCUCAUAAAGAGACUUCUCAACCAGGAACAGGCAGUCAGGGUGGCUUCAGCACAGCAGCGAUGACAGCGACACAUCAAGGCAGGAUGCUCGGGAGCCUGAUGCUCGUCUCCCUGUGUGUCGGGGCGGCAGCCAUGUUUCACAGCAAGCUGGAUGCCCACUGGGAGCUGUGGAAGUUGACACACGGGAAGAAGUACCAAACUGAGGUGGAAGAUGUGAGCCGCAGAGAAUUGUGGGAGAAGAACCUGAUGCUCAUUACCAUGCACAACCUGGAGGCCUCGAUGGGUCUCCACACCUACGAACUGAGCAUGAACCACAUGGGAGAUCUGACACAAGAGGAGAUCAUGCAGUCUUUUGCCACACUCAGUCCUCCUACUGACAUCCAGAGGGCAGCGUCUCCCUUUGCUGGGACAACAGGCGCCGAUGUACCAGACACCAUGGACUGGAGAGAGAAGGGCUGUGUCACCGGCGUCAAGAUGCAGGGUUCUUGUGGCUCCUGCUGGGCCUUCAGUGCCGCAGGGGCCUUGGAGGGCCAGUUAGCCAAGACCACAGGGAAGCUGGUGGACCUCAGCCCCCAAAACCUGGUGGAUUGUUCAACCAAAUAUGGCAACCACGGCUGCAACGGUGGCUUCAUGCACCAAGCCUUCCAGUAUGUCAUCGACAACCACGGCAUCGACUCCGAUGCUUCAUACCCCUACACAGGACGGAAUGGAGAUUGCCACUACAACCCUCAGUUUCGCGCAGCCAACUGCUCCCAGUACAGCUUCCUGCCUGAGGGGGAUGAGGGGGCUCUGAAGCAGGCGCUUGCAAACAUCGGACCCAUUUCAGUGGCGAUCGACGCCACGCGGCCCACCUUUACUUUCUACAGGAGCGGAGUGUACAAUGACCCAAGCUGCUCCCAGAGUGUGAACCAUGGGGUGUUAGCUGUGGGCUACGGCACACUGAAUGGACAAGACUACUGGCUGGUAAAGAACAGCUGGGGAAGAACCUUUGGAGACCAGGGCUACAUCCGGAUGGCACGCAACAAGAACGACCAGUGCGGCAUCGCUCUGUACGGCUGCUACCCCAUCAUGUAGCUGCAGCGGGAACUGAAAUGAAUCUGUUGUUAAACUAAGUUCCCUUCUCUAUUUUUCUUACAAUAUUUUUACAGUUAAAUUUCACAUUGAUUAUCACAUAUACGAUUUUCUUUUUUUAAGAUCUGUUUUGUUUUUGAUUCCUUUUUAUGACGAAAGCCAAAAAUGGCAGGUCUACAAAUACUACAGUGUGAACUUGUUUUGUAAGACGGUGUGCUUGUUUGUGUCUGUAUAUAUGGAUGUGUGUGUUUGAAUCUGUAAUAAAGAGACAGAUGUACUCCUU